GCUCCUCUCAAAUUCUCAAUCCCCAAACCAGAUCGAGAACGGAGAUGGAAGGGAAGAGAGCGCCGGCGGCCGCCGCAGCAGCCAUCUCGGCCGUGCUCGACGACGACGACCUCCUCGGUGAGAUCCUCCUCCGCCUCGCCUUCCCCACCAGCCUCGUCCGCGCCGCGCUCGUCUGCAAGCGCUGGCUCCUCCACGCCGCCGCGCCCGCCUUCCUCCGCCGCUUCCGCGGCCUCCACCAGCCCAGCCUUCUCGGCUUCUACGUCGUCAGCACAGCCAUCCACCCCCCUCGGUUCGUGGCGCUCCCCCAGCCCCCUGAGCUCGCCGACGUCGUCCGCCGCGGUAGCUUCGAUCUGGAUUCCUUGGGCCCCGACAGGUUCGACCUGGAUUGCUGGAACGGCCUCCUCCUCCUCUCAACCUUCGAGAUGUACCCGGACCGCACCAUGAACCCAACAAGGGUGCGUUGUCCCCUCUACCCUGCGAGGGACACGGCCAUCCUCCCAACAGUCCCCAUUACCAGCAUCCAUCACGACGGCUUCACAUACCACGAUCGUGAGAUCCUCGUCAGUGGGAGCGGCGGCCAGUGUCUGUCCUACUUCUGUUUGGCAAUAAUGGAUAAAGAGCAGCAGACGGUUGUGGAUGUGUACGCACUACAACAAGGUACCUGGACCAUCUACUCUUCCUCUGUAACUGAAAUCCCUAGAAUUGGACUGCUCUUGCCUUCUACUUUGAUUGGUGACACUAAUAAAAUCUACAAUGUGGCCUUUGUGAACAACAGUUAUAAGUUGAUCCUGCUAGACCUUGUGUCCGCAUCUUUGUCAUUAGUGAACUUUCCGGAAGAGGUUAAGGGCUUGAGCUUCGAGCUGUCACUCACGGAUGAUUCUCAGCUUCAUCUGAUCCAUGUAAAAGGGUCUCAGCUUCGCAUCUGGCUCCACAGAAUGGAUAGCAAUGGCGUCUCCAACUGGUUGCUUGAGCGUACCAUUUGUUUGCGUGAGAUAUGUGCUAACUAUAGGAUACCAACUUGCAUGUUCAAGGAUGGGAGUGAUUCAGCAUUUACCAGGAUGCAUGCGGUUGGGGUGAAUGCCGAGUUUGUUUUCUUGGAGAUGGAAGAUGUCCUCUACCUGUUUGAUAUUAAGAGCAAGGCGGCAAAGCAGGUUUACAAGAUGACGCCAGAGGAUAACAUUUUGAAUAGUGUCAUUCCUUUCAUGAUGGUUUGGCCUCCUAAAUUCCCUGCGAUGAAGGAGAUGCAAGAUCCAACAGAAUUACCCUGAACCGAUUGUUAGAAGUGGAUAUACAAAUCUGAUAAAGGAAGACAACACAACUGCAGACUUUUCUUGUAUUCUUUUUGAAAUUCUGGCACUCCCAAGUUCUGCAGAAAUAUCACUGAAAGUUGUUUGCUGAA